UUGUCAUAAUACAAGGAAAUGUACGUAUGGAUUCGAAUGACUUUACGAUCUGAGUAGCAGUACUACAAAUAACAACUGAUCGGAACACAACAAGGAGUUCAGAAUCGAAAAAGCUGGUGUUUUUCGAUUGCGGAGACUGACAAACCAGGCUGAAAGAGAAAAAUGAAGAGAAGCAUGUUCAGAUCGAGGUGGCGGACGUGUUGUACGGUCACAAUGAUCAUUAGUGUAGUGAAUUUCAUUGGCGUAUGCAAACUGUCCAAUUUCUGUGAGUUUCCUUCGGUUCAAGAUAAGCCAAAGCUUCCGCAUGGAUUCAAUAAAAAAGAUGUCCAAAUUGAUGCGAAUAUCAAUCAGAACGUUACUAGAGAGGUUCAUGUGAAUCUAUCCAUUGAUCUUAAGGGUACAAUCUUACCGGUGACACACAUUCUAGACAUCGCUGCUCAAAAUGCUUCCAUAUCAAAGGAGAGUAUACUAAUCCCACCGUGCACUUUGGGUGAUGUGCAAAAAAGGAAGAAUACAGUUGUCUUGACAACGACAAACGCAGCUUUUAUCGACUUUGCUGAUAAUUUUUUGGAAAGCGUUAGGCUAACGAAGACAUGUCCUAACAUCACCAUAAUUGCAGAAGAUGAUUUCACGUCUCAACACUAUGAGAAGAGAACUGGAGCAGGACUUUACAUCUUAAAGACAAACUCCGGCAAGACAUCCUCAGGGAGACUACAGUUCGACUCCGAAGACUACAGGAAAUUUGUGAACAAACGCCCGUCCUACAUCUUAUCAUUUUUGGAGAAAGGUUACAAUGUCUUAUUCACUGAUGUAGAUAUGUUCUGGUUGAAAGAUCCUUUUCCAUUUUUCGACGGUGAUUUUGAUAUGGCCUUGGCAAGAGAUUCUGCUAGGUUUUUCUGCGCCGGUUUCGUCUAUUACAAAUCAACUAAAACCACAAUCAAAUUCUUAAAAGUUUGGAUCGAUUUCAUGAAGUCAGACCCUAAGCUUACUCCCGACCAGGAAGUCAUGAGUGAAUUUCUCACCAAGAAAAAAGUACCAGGGUUAAAACUGAAGAUCUUAAGUUCAGAUAAUUUUCCAAACGGUGCACUUUUCUUCGAUGACAAAAAACAGCAGACGAAAAACAAAGAUGUCGUGGUUGUGCAUAACAAUUUCAUUAAGGGACAUGACGUUAAAAUCGAAAGGUUUAAAAGGGUCAACAUGUGGCUUGUAUAGGUUGGGGAUAGUCUCCUAUAGGUAUCACCUUCGUCUACGCAGUUCUGAUCAAGAUAGUACAUUUCGGAGAGCAUUAGUUGCCGGUUUAAGCGUCAACAAAAUGUGUUUCAGAAAUUUUGAAACUAAUUUUGGUUUUGGUCUGAAUUAGUCUGUGUCAUUGUUUUGCUAGUACAACUUUGAAAUUUUGUUUGAUUCGAAACAAUAAUUCCAAUUUUCUGCUAGUAGACAUUUUUGAAAUUUGCGCUGUACACUUUCGGACCUCAUUUGCAAUAGAACGAAGGAUAAAAACCAAAAGCAAUAAAUAAGCAAUGGCAAGCUUCAUCCUACUCCUGAGUAGAUGUUUGUAGAUGAGCCCAGCUCUAUGUCAGGUUCGAUGAUUUUGUUUUAUUCGUCUUGCACAAAGCUGGGUGCGACUUGAGCUACAUGUAUAGUAUUUCUAAAGGCGAGAGAUUCCAGUUGAUUUGUGAAGAUGUUGAAAAACGACAAUACCCAAUAAGUUGCGUGUAUAUCGCCUGACCUCGAUGGCCUUACUGGAGUAGUACGAAGCGGACUUCCGUAUGAUGCAUUUUGUUGAGCUCGUUUUGUUAAAGCCAUUGGACACUUUCGGUAAACAGUAUUGUCCAAGGCCCACACUUCAUGUAUCACAACUUAUAUA